AUGCACCCUGCGAGAAAGCAGGAACUGGAAAGAGAGGGGAUCUCGACAUCCUACGCUAUUCUUUCUCACAAAUGGGAAAAGGACGAGGAUGAGGUCACCUUCGAAGACAUGGGCAGUGCGGAAAUAAGGUCCAAGAAAGUACUAGGGUGGUCGAAGAUUCUGAAAACUUGCGACGAGGCACUCGAGAGAGGGAUCCGGUACGCCUUGAUAGACACGUGCUGCAUCGACAAGCGAAACCUCACUGAGCUCACUGAAUCAAUUAACUCAAUGUUUAAGUGGCAUGCAGAGGCGGAAAUCUGCUUUGCAUAUCUCUCAGAUGUCAAUCCAGGGGGUGAUUUGGCGGAAUCAGCGUGGUUUACGAGGGCCUGGACCCUGCAGGAGCUUAUCGCUCCGGGCAAGAUGAAAUUCUACGACAAGAGUUGGAAUAUGAUCGACAGCCGCAUCAACCUUGCACGAGAAAUCCACGUGCGAACAACGAUCAACAACGAAGUUUUGAGACAUUCCUCGUCGACACAACAAAGCAUACAGAGUCUCCUGGCUGGUAUCCCCGUGGGUCGGCGCAUGUCAUGGGCCGCUGGCCGUGAGGCCAAGAAAGUCGAAGACCGUGCCUACUCACUAUUGGGAAUAUUCGGAGUGAGCAUGCCUUUGCUUUACGGAGAGGGCGACCAAGCAUUCAUUCGGUUGCAAGAAGAAAUCAUCAAGGCUACCAAUGACAUGUCGCUAUUUGCUUGGUGCGACUCUCGCGUCACUUCCCCUGAAGGCUCGGAGGAGCUUCGCGCGGCACUGGAGUCCACACACACAAACAUUUCGCAGUCGAGAUUUCUGGGAUUUUGA